AUGGGAUACCCGCAGUUGCUCGCUUCGUCCGUGCUUCCAACGGCCGUACUUAUUCUUCGGGCUCUUCCCUCCAUCGUCACCCGACGUGCAAGCAUUAACACCAAAUCCGUCGAAGGCCAAGCCAUGGGAUCUAUAACAAGCACAUUAAAGCCACCAUCACGGCCUAGAGGAGCAUGCCGUCUCCUGAAGCUUCCAUGUGAGCUACGGCUGCGCAUCUACAGAUACGUCUUCGCUGACAACACGGUGUCCGUCACCUUCUCGCUCGACCACCCGGCGUGGCCAGAAUCGGCCUGUGGGGCGCCAGGAAUCUUUCCGGCAAAUAAGCAGGCCUUCGAGGAAGCAACCGACAUCUACUACGAUCUUACGGCGUUCAUGGUGCAGUCGGGAAGCCAACGGUUCAACCAGUUUGAUCAAGCAUUCUAUAUGCCUCGCAAUCUCCAGAUGUUGAAGAAUGUUCGGUACGACACCUAUGCAGACCUCGAAGAAGAACCUUCUAGGGAUAGGUGGCGCCUACGGGGCACUGCUGCAACGUUGCGAGUGAGCCUCAAAGCGAAGGAUGAUCAGAAAGUCUGGUUUGCUAUGCCGAUACAGACGUGGGACCGGCUCGCUGAUGCUGCGUGGAAUACGGCGGCUCUGCAGGGUGAUGCCUUGGGGGAGGAAAGGGACGUGCCGGAGCAGAUGGAGUGGUUCGAGCAUGUGAGGGACAAGGCGGAGCUGGUGAAGCGGCAUAUGAGGGUUCAGCAAGUCCUGGUGCAGAAGCGUUUGGGCAGAGGUUGAGCUUAGCGAGCCUAGUUGAAGCGAUGCAAUCCGAAGAUCAUGCUGCUGGAUGCCUCAACAGGUACCAUCCAACGCGCGGGCGUACCCUGUCUUGCAACUUUACUUGUAGAAAGCCAAGAGAUCUAGCUUUCGUGUGCCUUCCUCAUCUGCACCAAGAGCGGCAUGCGCCGUAUGACUCAUUGACGCUUCCAGUGAAAACGUCCUUCUGCAACUCUCCGAUUGACCACCACCAUCAGCAGUACAUUCACGACACGCAAGUCACCCUGUCAAGAUGGCGACCACAUCUACGACAGAUGACCCACCUCAAGCUCCAGAACAAGCAGGUACACCAGUUCCUCGCUGCUACAUGCUCGAGCUGCCUCGCGAGCUUCGAGAUAUGAUCUAUAAGCUUGUCUUCAUCGGCCAGACCGCGUCCACCACCCUCUGCGCCUAUAAACAGUCGUCG